AAUUAAUAGUUUUUUGGGGCAUUUACUUACAUACCACACAAUUCUUAUGUAGUCACGCAUGUAACACAUAAACACUCAUAUUUAUAUGCAUGUCACUCAAAUCUUUAACAUCACAUUAAAAAUACCUCCAUCACUAUCUUUUUAAAAAUGAAAUACACACUUUCAUGCAUGGGUUUAUAACACCAAGGUAUUACAAGUGCAAUAUGUCAAUACAGAAAAAUUGUUUGGUAUGUAUAUAAACUUCCUUUUUUUUUUUUUUUAAUUUUCUUUCAGUCAAUGUGUGCUUCUUCUAAGUGAUUGACUUGUUCUGCCAUCACAGGAGGAUGCAUCACAAUGGAAGAGAUGAUUGCCAUCAUGAAAUCAAUUGGGAGAACCUCAUCAAACAUAGAAAUUACAGAUAUUAUCAACCAUAUUGAUUUUGAUGUUAGAGGAAGCUUUGAUCUGACAGAGCUCUUCAAUCUAACUACAGAAAUUGCAGAGGAGAUAAACAAAGAAGAUGAACUAAAGGAAGUUUUUAAAGUGUUUGACAGAGAUCAAAAAGGGUUCAUAUCGGCUACUGAGCUGAAAAAUGUGUUGAUUAGUCUUGGUGAGAAAUUAACAGAUGAGGAGGCUGAGCAGAUGAUCAAAGAGGCAGACUUUGAUGGUGAUGGGAAAGUCAAUUAUGAUGAUUUUGUGCGAACUAUGAUGCUAAUGUAAUAAACAGAGAUUUACUCAACGUGCGCUUUCUCUUUUCUGGCAUAUGGUUGUUUCAAAUAUACAACUUUAUUAUUAUUGUAAACUUUUUUCAGUAAAUAAGUAUCAAAUGUAAUAAUGCGUUAUUAA